AUGAUAGUGGAGAUAACGCGCAACGAGUGCGUGGUGAAGCGUGGCGGCACACCCGUCGCAACAGGAAGGAAGCAGGGGUUCCUCCUGUAUCUGAACGCUGACUAUGGUACGGAGUGCCACAUGGCCGAAGACGAUACAGAGCUAUGGCAUAGAAGACUGGGUCAUGUGUCGUAUGGUACGCUGAAUGCCAUGGUCAAGGACGGAAAAAUCAAGGGCGCAACGAUGAAGACGAACGUUGCGUGUGACGUACGCACAACGUCAAAGCAAGUGCGCAAGUCAUUCAAGACAAGUGAAGAAGACGCUGAAACCAGGGAGAGUUCGCGUUCCGACGUGGUGGUGUGCUCCGACGUUCUCGGACUCAUCACGCCAGCGUCCAAGUCUGGUUUCAGUUACGCCAAGAGCGACGUUGCGAGUGCGUUCAAGCGGUUUUACCAAGAUGUCAAGACAGCAUCUGGAACGAAGAUAAAGGUGUUGCGAAGUGACAACGGCGGCGAAUACCGGAACGAAACGAUAAACAACUCUUGCGAGGCAAAGUUCAUUAAGCAAGAGUUCACGGUUCCGUACAACCCAGAGCAGAACGGGAUGGCGGAGCGGAUGAACCGCACGCUGGUGGAGAUGACGCGCUGUAUGCUCAAGGAAAUCGGCCUCGACAAGUCCUACUGGUGCGAGGCACUACUGGCAGCGGCAUACAUCAGAAACAUUCUGCCGAACGCGUCAAACAAGAGCUCAAGUCCACACGAGAUGGUGUUCAAGAAGGUUCCGCGCAUCGAUCACAUGCGCAUGUUUGGUGCGCAAUGCUAUGCGCAUGUGGCGAAGGAGAAGAGGAAGAAGCUGGACGACUCAGGCGUGCGAUGUUUCUUUCUCGGCUAUGCGAAGGACCAAAAGGCGUAUCGGCUACUUAACGCGGACGAUGGCUCGAUCGUGAUUUCAAGAAGCGUCACGUUCGCUGAGAAUUCUGUCUCAAAAGCAUCGAAAAGCAGAGACACGCGGGUCUUCGAUGUCAUUGAAGAAGAGGAAAGUGUGGAGGCGUCGCUUUCCGAUGAUGAAGACAUACCAGCGCCGGUGACCGAAGAAGAUCUGCGCACCCCACCAGUUCGAGCGCAGAACAGCUCUCAUCCCGGACCAAGUGAUCGACCAAGCGACACCAUUCCUAAGCGCGCAUCCAGCACACCCGGAAGAAAUGGAGAAGAAGAGUGGAUGGUGCGACCGGUUCGGAAGAAGCGCGGCGUGGUUCGCUACGAACAAGAAUUUCCAAGCCAUCGUUGCGGUCACUUCAAUUUGGACGACUACGAAGGUGACUUCGACUCUUUCUACUGUUUCUCGGCUGAAGAAGAUGGGGAACAAGCGUCCAGCUAUCAAGAAGUAAUGAAGAGCAAUUACAAGGAGCAGUGUCUACAGGCAAUGAAGAGUGAGAUGAAGUCGCUUGAAGAACACAGCACAUGGAAGCUAGUGGACAUGCCAUCGGGCAACAAGGCCGCACGCUUGGUUGCGAAAGGGUUCACGCAGCGUCCUGGCAUCGACUACAACGAGACCUUCGCACCAGUGGCGCGCAAGGAAUCUAUCAACACAGUGUUGGCGAUCGCUGCAGCUGAAGACCUGGAAGCAGAAAACGUUGAUGUCGACACAGCGUUUCUCUACGGCGAAGUGGAAGAGGAGAUCUACAUGGACCAACCUGACGGUUUUGAAGAUGAAGGAAGCCCGAAAAAGAAGUGUUUGCUGCAGAAGGCGCUAUACGGGACGAAGCAAGCGGCGCGACAGUGGAACAACAAGUUGAGUCAGCACUUGGAUGAUCAAGGGUUCAAGAGCAGUGCAGCGGACCCGUGA